AAUUUCCUUACACGCUGACGUGGAAGUUUUUGCCUUUCUUCUCACUCAAUCCUUCGCUCAGAGUCAAAAUCAGGCAGAGAGCUUUUCCCUUCUCUUUGCUUCAAUUAUCGUAUUUCCACCGUCGCAUUGCCGCCGCCGCCGCCACUACCUCCACCUCCCUUUCCUUCACCCAAUUCCGACACUCUUUUUCUACAGAUCCAACCUCCAACCCCUUCUUCUCCCAGAAAUGGCGUAUGUGGAUCAUGCGUUUUCCAUAACAGAUGAAGACAUUAUGAUGGAUUCUCCAUUCACCGUCAAUAAUCGCCCUCCUAUCAAAGAGAUCGCUCUUGCCGUUUCUCUUCUCGUUUUUGGCAUGAUUGGAAUCAUUGUUGGUGCCUUCAUGGCCAGUAAUCGGGUCGGUGGUGAUCGUGUUCACGGGGUGUUUUUCUCGUUGUUGGGAGGUCUCCUGUUUAUUCCAGGCUUCUAUUACACAAGGAUUGCCUAUUAUGCUUAUAAGGGUUACAAGGGUUUCUCCUUCUCCAACAUACCCCCUGUCUAAACUCUCAAAGUUCAACCAGUUCUUUACAUUUGUACAGAUUUUCUUCCACCUUCCCCUUUCUAUGAAACUGUAUCCGUUUACUAUAGUUGAAGAGUGAGGAAUUCUAUGUGGAUUUGCGUUGUGCAUUAUCAAGAUAAUUCUUCUUCUGUUUCUUGAAGUUUUUCUUUUUAGUGGUCGUUGACAUAGCCAUUUCAAUGAAUGAAGGCCUAUAUAUAAUAUAAUAUACACAGUAAAUUUCUGAUCA